GAUGCUUCAAUCUGAAACAGAAUGAAGAAUCAAACCAAGGAAGUUACCGCAGAAAAUUGCUGGUAAAGACAACCUUGAGGAUAAAGCUACAUGACCAACAUUAUCUGCAAAAAGAGUUAAAAAAAUGUCUAGAUUUUAUGACAUAAAAAUAAUUUCACUUCUUAUAUUUCUGAUGAUGUUUUGAACUCAUUCGGUAUUGUGAGGUCCUAUUACAGGAAGUAUAUCUUUUGAGCCAACCACUAUCAGAUCAGGGGCGGUCUAUAGAUUUGACUUCACGUCAUCAAGGCUUUAUCAAAGUGGAGAGGUAACUUAAUUCGUUAUUUUUAAAUAAUCUUACUUUUAGACCUUAGUUAUCUCUUUCCCAGCUGCAGAUUACGAUCUAUCCACUGUUACAACCAUUACUUGCACAAUUUUAUCAGGAAUACCUACUAAUGGAAUCACCUGAGCCUUGGAUACAUCAACAAGAAAUUUGACGGUUACUUUUAUUGCUCAGACAACAAGCACAAGAAUACUUUUCUCUGCAAAUACUUUGAUUAAUCCCUUAUAUGCAAAGCAGAUUACAGGCUUCUUUGUUGAAUCGUUAACGUCUACAAGCACUCAAAUUGAUGCUUCAGUAGGAACUCUUAUUGUAACAAACCCAACUCCAGGAAGUUUAGGAGUUGCGUUAGCAUCUGCAACAUCAGUAGUAGGAGCUACCGAUACAUUGACUAUCACCUUAACUAUGGUUAAUAAUAUCCCUUCAAAUGGAAUUGUGCAUAUUACUCUUCCAAAAUGGAACCCGUCAAGUCCAGCUCCUCAAUCAAUAUUUAAUUCGGCUAAUGCAACAUGCAUUGAAGUUACAAAUGUUAGCGGAAUAAAUUGCACUACAAUAAGAAACUUAAAUGGAAAUUUUAACCAAGAUAAACUUCUUGUGCAAGGAACUUUCAACAUCCCAACUGGGAAUACUGUUGCAUUCAAUAUCACAAAUUAUCUAAAUCCUCCCUCUUUUGAGCCAUUCACAUUCAUCUCAGUCUAUACUACCACUGAUAAUCAGAAUAAUAUCCUUGAUCAAAAUGAUGCAGUGAUUCUGACAAUGUCUACAGCUGCAACUCUUCCUGUUGCAAAUGUAAAUAUUACUGCUGCAAAUACAGAAACUAACCAGAUAACUUCUUAUAAUUUCAGUGUGCAGGUGACUAACCCAUUGCCUUUGAACUCAAGAAUAGAGAUUACGAUUCCUGCAGAAAUUACGAUAACAACAACCUCUCCUACCGGAAUUGGGAUUGGUAAAAUAUCUUCCAGGUUUAGUACUUUUUAUGAUAGCACCUCAAGAGUUCUCCAACUGACAGACAUUAUCGAUAGUGUUUCUAAUUAUGUUUAUUCAAAUGAAAUCAUAUCUUUUGUGAUCCAGAAUAUUAAAAAUCCUCCAACUACAGCUCCGACAGGCACGAUUACAAUACUUACCCUGGCUGGUGUUGGCUAUAAUAUUGAAACUAACACAAAUCCGAUAACCUUUACAGCUACAGGAGGUAAUAUACAAACGUUUACAAUUACCCCAAGCUUGACAUCAAUCAGUCAUAGAGUCCAAUAUGAAUAUACUUUUGUAACUGAGAAUCCGAUUUCUAUUGGAUCUUCCUUGACGAUUACUUACCCUGCAGAGAUUUCUCCUGGAGAAAGGACCAAUGAAGCUUGUGUCACAUUAGCAACGAAUAUCAAUACAGCAGCUGUUUGUAAUAAUAUAACAGCUUUUGCCAUCCAGAUCACUGGCGGAUUCACCGCAGCUGUGGCGAGUGGAACAUCUAUUGUGUUUACGAUAGGGGGAAAUAAAAAUCCUCCAACUGUUCAGCCAAGUAGUGGAUUUUUAGCAGUCUUCCAAGAUAGUUCUGGAAAUAUAAUUGACUCAUAUACAGCAUCAGAUACAGCUGUGACCAUUACUUCUUCUACAGAUAGUUUUGAAUCUUUCACAGUCACACCUGGAUCUACUGUUACAGGAGCAACAACAAGUUAUACAUUUGCUAUGGAUGCAACAGUUGGAGUCUUAUUAAAUAGUGUUUUCAGUUUGGUUAUACCUGCAGAUUUUAUUAUUACUGACAUUGAAGCAACAAGAAGUUCUUGUAUGUCAAACAGUGGGUUUAAUGCUGGAUUCACUUGAGCUUUGGUUUUAAACACUGACUCUACACACACUCUGACAAUCACAGGAGGAUUUCCAGCAACAGCUAUCAAUGGACUAACUCUCAAUUUUACGAUUGGAAAUAUUAGAAAUCCAAGAUCUACAACUCCUUCUCUAUCUUUUAAAGCAUAUAUCAAUGAUGAAAAUAACUAUGGCCAAUAUGCAACGGAGAGUGGUGUAAUAGUAUUAAUGGUCACUCCUUCAGACUUUACAAAUGUUGCUCUAACAAGAAGUAGCACAGUUAAUGCUGAGUUUACUUCAUAUACUUUUACAAUAACCUUGAACAACCAAAUUACAAAUGGAGACUAUAUUCAAGUAAUUUUUCCAACUGAAAUCCUUGUACAAAGCACCCCAGUUCAAUGUACAGGAGUGACUAAUCUCCAAGCUAGCCUUGUAUGUUCUGUUAAUGGACAAACAGUAGAUAUGCAAAUUGCUCUCAGCACUGGGUUGACAAUUCUCCCAACUACUGUUGGAGCAACAGAUACUUCUAUAUCUUUCAGCAUAAACAAUGUGAGGAACCCAUAUCUUUUAUCAACCACUGCUACUGGCAUCAUUAUUAAUUCGUACACAAAUACAAAGAAGUAUCUAAUUGAUAGAAGAAACCCAGCAAUGACUGUUACCAACACAGCUGCAGGCUCAAUCAUCGAAUCAUCUGUAGUUCCUGUGAACAGUGCUCUUGGAAUCACAACAGAUUAUCUGAUCAGUUUUAAGCCAAAUAACGAUAUCCUCCAAAAUACUAUUGUUAAGUUAACAAUUCCUUCUGAAUUGGUUAUUAAUACGACUGUACCUUUUACAUGUACAAGGGUUUUGGUUAUAGAAUCAACAUUGACCUGCACUUAUAAUGAUGCAACCAGGGUUGUCACCUUGACUGAUGGGUUCUUGACCAGAGCUGUCUAUGAAUCAUCCCAGAUUGAGUUUAAGAUAACAAGUAUUAUCAAUCCAAGUGAAGCUAUAACAACUAGUACAUUUUCGAUUAUUACCGAGGACCCAAGUGGAGUUUUAUAUAACUCCAAAACUAGCGGAAUCACAUAUACCAAACAGUGUAAUUCUCCCUGCCUGACAUGACAAAAAGAUUUAACGACAUGCACAUCUUGAAACACGUCCUCUACUACUGCCUAUCUUUCAGGAGGAACUUGAGUAGCUUCCUGUCCAUCUGGAGAAUAUAAUGAUAAUUUUGUUUGACAAGCAUGCCAAGCUCCUUGAGCUACAUGUAAUGUAUCUGCCACAAACUGUAUAUUAUGUACCUCUGAUCCCCAACUCUAUCUCUUAGAUAGUAAAUGAGUAGAUUCUUGUCCAAGGCUCUACGAAAUAGGCUCUGAUGGUGUCUCCUGUGAUAAGGUUGGAGAACUCACCAUCCCAUUCAUCGGCCUCGGACUCUGGCUUCUCACAGCAGCCGUUUUAGGAUGUAUCAAAGCUGCCAACAAAACCACAAUGUUUCUGUCUUCAUUCAUUGCCUUCACAUGUUACUUGCUUGCGUUGCUGCAGAUUGUGUUGUUCUCACUGUUGUACAGAGACGAGCACUACCAGUCUGGGUCGAUGGUCUUGCUGUCGUUUGUGAUCUUGGUGGUCCUGAACAUCUGCUGGAACUGAAUCAUCUACAAGCCCGAGAUCAGACCAGACAUUUUGUACAGAGUGUGGACAGAAGCAUUCCCUAAAACAGAAAAGUUUGUGUACAUGUCUUCGUACUUGUUCUGAUUCCAGUGUUUCAGACUGUCGUUCUGUCAACUUGCAGGCCGUCCGAGAUACGAUGCAAGCAUGAAGAAUGUUGACAUGAUACUGAUCAAGCUGAACAGGUUCUCGUUUUUCCACAUUUUGCUGGUGGUGUUUCCAACAAUAGCAGCAUGCAUUUACAACUUGUUCUGGACAAGGUAUCUCAGACAAGUGUUCUGGCACGACAUCGAAAUGAUUGUCAUCAUGACAGGCUUCGUUGUCAUUGUGGUUCUUGAUGUCUGGAUGAAAGAUGAGUCAGCACUUGAAGAAAAUUAUGUUGACAAGAAAGAGUUCUCUAAGAACAUUGACAUCACAGAUAAGUCUUUGUUGACACACACUAUUCUGAACACAAAAGACGAGAUUGCUACUUCAAGAUAUUUCAAGAAGGAUUAUGAAAUCCAUGGAAGAGAAUGUGAAGAAGACGUUGUCAGAGAAGUCUAUCACAAUCACUUCAAACACAGCGCAAUCCCCAGAGUUAUGGAUUUUGACAACCUCAUACACAAAGUGCAAGACGGCGAAGUUGUUUCUCAGCACUCAAUCGAAGGAAUCAAAAAAGAAUGCAACAUGCUAGACCCAUUCAAAGAGAAGUAUCAAGAAAUGUCACCCAAGAAGCCUCAGAUAUCGAUGGGAGCCAAUGCAGGCAACAACUACAAAACUUCCAACGAAACAGACACUCGUAAAUAAGAACUAUUUGGUCGAACAAAGCAGCCAGUCAUUGAGAAGUCACAGAAGCACCAAUAGCCAAAGAUUAGAUCAGUCAGACACUUCAAGCGAAGAAAGUAAAGGAAGCGGCUCCGACAGCAGAGCCACAGAGUCAGUCACCAGAGAUAUGAUGAACACCAUCGACCCCAAACACAGUUUCAACAGAAUUGAUGCUGAAGUCGAAAGCAGUGCAGUCAUCAACGCAAGAGCUGAGCUCAGCGCCCAAAUCGCCCGCAAAGACAGACUCGAAGGCGAGUCUGAAGAACUCGGCAAAGCCAUUCUUGACUUGAAAGACCAGAUCAACGAAAUUGAAAAACAGAAGUUGAAGAUAAAGCUUGAGAGACGUGACCAAAGAAAUACCCAACACACAAACAAGACUAGCAACAAGAAUAAGCGAAGCACUGAAACUCAGUAUUUGAGAACAGACCCUCAGAAUGAUAAAGCGAUGAGAACAGUCAAAGACAAUGUUGACGCUAGCUUGAAAGUGCAGGACACAGCCAACCAGUGGCUCAAGAAGAAUGAAAGACUCCUGACACCCAACACAAAGAAGAAGACAGGUGAUCCCAGUGUUGAAAUCCAGAGUGAAGGCAGCAGUGAGUCUGGUAGAAACAAGUCGUCAGCCCGCACUCAGAAGAAAUAUGACACUCUGAUAGGUCCAAGCAUGAAAGACUCCAAGAACAAGCCAAGGCGCAAAACAGACUCGAGUGUGGCAUCUUCGUCAUCAUCAGAAAUAUCUUCGAGCAUUUCAUCAGACAACAUUUCUAGUUUCUCAGAGAGUGCAAAGAACAGCACUCGCAGAAACCUCGAGAAGACAACUGAGCUUUAUCGUGACACAAAACCUCAACUCUCACGAACUCCAAAGAAAGGCAAGAAGAAGCUCAAGAAGUCUGGAGUCCGGAAGCCAGGAAAGCUGAAUUUCUACCAAGGACAGGACUCAGGUUCGGAGAUAUCAGCUCAGCCGAAGGCAAAGAAGAUCAGGCCAAGAAGAAGGAGAAAGAAAAAGAUUAACUAG